AUGGCAUAUGUCUGGGAGGAAAGCUAUGAUGCCGCUACCGUGGGAUUUAUAUUCCUGGGGGCUGUAUUGGUAUUUAUUAUGAUACCAGGACUAGGUUUUCUAUAUUCUGGGCUGGCGCGACGCAAGUCAGCGCUUUCAUUAAUAUGGGCGGUACUGGUUUCUUGCAUAGUGGGAUUAGUGCAAUGGUAUUUAUUGGGAUAUUCGUUAGCUUUUUCGUCAACUGCACCAAAUAAUAAGGUAAUUGGCAACUUUAGGUCCGUAGCUUUAUCAAAUGUCUACGGUAAGGUUGAUCCUACUGACGAAUUCCCGGAACUGGCAUGGGCAAUAUUUCAAGGACUUUUCAUGUGCGUUACCCUGGCUAUUAUAGCGGGAACAGUUGCAGAGCGUGGUAGACUGCUGCCUGCUAUGGUCUUCUUCUUUCUCUUUUCGACAUUUGUGUAUUGUCCUGUUACUUAUUGGGUUUGGGCUCCUGGCGGAUGGGCGUACCAGUGGGAAGUACUGGAUUGGGCCGGCGGUGGACCAGUGGAGAUACUUUCGGCUGUAGGAGGAUUUGUAUAUUCAUAUUUCCUUGGUCGGCGUCGGGAUACAGAAUUGGUAAACUACAGGCCGCACAACGUGUCGAUGGUGGCACUAGGGACAUAUUUACUAUGGUUUGGAUGGCUUGGCUUCAAUGGGUGUACAGCGCUAUCACCGAAUUUGCGUGCUAUAUAUGCAUUGAUGAACACAUUUAUUAGUGCUGCGACGGGAGGCAUGGCAUGGUGCGUAUUAGACUACCGUUUGGAGAGAAAAUGGUCUACCGUAGGCAUGUGUUCGGGUAUUAUUAGUGGUCUAGUUGCAUCCACGCCAUCUUCGGGUUGCAUUACGCUUUAUGCGUCGCUGAUACAGGGCAUUGCGUCGGGUAUAAUUUGUAACUUAUCGACGAAGUUGAAGUAUUAUGCCAAGGUCGAUGACGCAAUGGAUAUCUUGGCGGAGCACGGAAUCGCGGGGAUUGUGGGGUUGAUAUUCAAUGCAAUAUUUGCUGCAGAUUGGGUGAUAGGUAUGGACGGAAGUUCAAUGCACGAUGGUGGCUGGAUAACCCAUAACUGGAAGCAGGCAUACAAGCAGCUUGCAUAUAUUGUGGCGGUUACAUGUUACAGUACUGUAGUGACUUCGGCAAUUUGCUAUAUUAUAAAUAAGAUACCUGGGUUAAAGUUGAGGUGUUCUGAGAUUGCGGAAGAGAGAGGUAUGGAUGAGGAUCAGAUUGGCGAGUUUGCGUAUGAUUAUGUCGAGGUAAGAAGAGAUUACUAUGCUUGGAAAAAUAAAAGUGACGAAGAUUAA